CACCUAUUACGGGCUCCGAGCCUGCGCGGUAUUUUUUUUGGAGCCGCUUUUUUUGGCAUUUUCCGCGCCUUUGCGGACCAAAAAUUCCACCAUUUAGUAUCGAAUCUACCAAUUUGGCAUGUUAUUUGUCGCUCAUCUCGGUUGCGGUACUUUCCAGUCCGAUCUGUGCUCUCAAGCGUUGCAGUUCUCUGUUUUUCAGCAGCGGUCCUCGGAGUGUUGUAAAUUCAGUCCCUCGGCAUUACGCAGUUUCGAUUUAACUCGCGUUGUCAUUCCAUCCCAACUCGCUCAGUUGAGAAGUUUUUCUAUCAUUAUUUCCUGUACUGAAAAUGUGCUUGUCGACAAGCCGAAAAAUUGUGCUGAGUUCUACUGAAGAAGGGUCUUACAAGUGCGUUUCGAUUGUUGUUCGUUUGUAUACAGUGUUCGUUGACAGUUCGUUAAAGCGUAUUGGUAUAUGGCUCAAGUAGAAACUCUUUUGUAAAGUUGAACGUAGUGCCUUAGUGAUCAAAUCGGCCGGUUGGUUUUUCCAACGACUUAACAAGGUGAAUUUCAUCCCCAUCGACCAGUGGAUACUUCCCAUCGCUAAGUUCAACAAGGAUGGGAUCUCUGUAGUGUUUCUUUUCGAUCAAGUGUGCGUUGUUACUUAAAUGUUCACCCAGUGAAAGUUCCAAUGAGCCACAACCACUUAAGAAAGUGUGGAUAUCGAUUUUGGUAGGUAUAUUGAAAGCUCUUAUAGGUAAUAAUAAUUAAUAAUAAGUACAAUUAAUUCAAGUGUAAAAAAUACCUUCGCAAAGGAAAAAAACAAACCGGGAAAACACCCCGUACAUAUUGUAUCAAAGUACUGAAACUUUUUAAGGAUAACAUUUAGAGAAAUCCACCAAAAAUAAUCGCACAAGAUUUCCCAACUUUUUUUGACAUAAAAAGUAACAAAAUGCGAAAUUUUGAACACUAAAUGAGAUUCGGCAGAACACCACACGCAUGUUAAGGACUGAAUUUUGAUAGGAAAGUAAAAAACAUUGCCAGUAUAAUUGUAAAAUUAAGAAACAAAAUUGAAAAGUGCGGACUGGGACAUUAAAAAAUUGUUUGAGUUUUUAACAGGAUUUCGAUGUCUUAUAUUUGAUCGUGAGUCCCAAUCUUGGCAGCUGAAUUUUAUCGAGCGAAAAUAAUUUAAAUAGAGGAACAUUCCGGAAUCAUAUCUUGACGUCCAUGUGCUUUAUUCGAAUCUUUGUUGACCGACCUGGUGUUUCGAUUGAACUGUUCGGGCAAGUGCGGAUACUUGGAAACUAAACCGAACGCCAAAAUCAACAUCUUGUCUUGUGCGGAACUAUCGGAAAACGUGCGGAAAACUACCUCGAAAAAGUGCGUCUUCCUAUAAGCGGACAGUCAAAGAGUGCGAGGUCAUCUUGCAGAGCGAGUCUCAGAAUCCCGUGUUGCGUGCGAAAUUGUUGAACACCAGCGGACAUUUUUCUGGGACUAAUACGUGGUGUAAAUUUCGACAACUGCGAAGUGCGUCUUUUGCAUGGUUCUGGACGUUAUUUUGGAUUCCGCGUCGGGAAAUUUUGACGAAACGGGUGACGCAGUCUCAGGAAGCCGCGGCUUUUCUUGGAUCUCUAUGAAAAUGAUGGCUGCGGACAGCAUCAUGGAUUUAACAACGAGUCGCCCUCGUAUGUCCGACGGAGGAAAACCGAGGCCGGCCAAGUCCGUGUUUUCCAUCCGAAGCUUGGUAGAUGUUGAGGAGGACAACCAGAGUAACGGACACACGCCAUCGCCAACAGAUCUGUCGCACGGUGACCCAGACGUAGAGAGUAAUAGGAUGGUUGUUUUGAGUCGCGAAGACGACUGCUGCAGUGAUGCCGAGUUGGAAGACUUCAAUUCUGCGCCGAAGAGGAAGCAACGUCGCUAUAGGACUACUUUUACCAGUUUCCAGUUGGAGGAGCUUGAAAAAGCUUUCUCCAGAACUCACUACCCCGACGUUUUCACCAGGGAGGAGCUAGCUAUGAAAAUUGGUCUCACCGAAGCAAGGAUUCAAGUUUGGUUCCAGAAUCGGCGGGCGAAAUGGCGGAAGCAGGAGAAAGUCGGCCCCCAGGCGCACCCCUACAACCCGUACCUGAACAGCAGCAGUGGCUCGGUGCAGGCGCCGACGAUGGCACCAUCCCUGCCGAAUCCCUUCUCCCACCUGAGCUUCAACCUGCGGAAGCCGUUCGACUCCUUCAGAUACCCUCAUCUGCCUCCGAAUCCGACGAUAUUUCUCGGGCCCCCACCGCACUUCCCGCGCCCCCCACCACUUCUCUCCCAAUUGGGGCCCAUCCCGUACACGCCAACAAGUUCCUUCCAGAGCCUUCUCGCCGGGAUCUCCGCCUCGCAGCGGCCUAAAGCUCUCGCCCCCGAAACCUCGAGCCCCCCGGAGUCCGAGGGCCCCCCGUCCCCCGCUACUAACUCCGGCCCCGACUCCCCCCCUGAAAUUGUCCGUAGGAGCUCCAGCAUCGCCGAUUUAAGGCUCAAGGCAAGGGAACAUGAAAUUCGCCUCGAGAUGCUACGCAAAAGCAGAGACUUGGUCAGCUAAUACAUUUCAUUCAACACCCGAUAAGUAGCAUUCAAUUUUUCACCCAGGGUCCAUCGCCUCCGCCUCGGCUAUGACUAAAUUCAUUCCGAACUCUCAAGAGUCUUUUGUCGAUAGUAGACAAAUCUAAGUCCAUCAACACAAAGCAACAAACUUCGAGUUACUGCGCUCGUCUUUUCAUUACUCAAGAGCAAGAAUCCCACAACCAAAGGAACGCACCAACACAUCACAGAUCAGAUUUCAAAUUGACAUUUUCCAUCGAAAAAAUAUGGGAAAUUUGCAACUACACUGCAACUGAGUACCACAGCUCAAAAGUCAUAAAAAAUCGUGACAUCCACGUUUUCUUGAUUCUCUUUCUAAGAUUGUCACCCGUGAAACGAUGCUCAUUAUUAACGCAUCAUUAACGCUUUCAUCUGUCAUGAAUAGAUCCUAUUUUUGACUGGGGGAAAACUUGGCGCCAGAGUUAGAUGAGAGGAUUUGACAGCUCUAUGUUUACAUUUUUCAGACCAUGUUGUCACUCGUAUAUGAUCUGCAAGAUUAUAACCUUUGUUCAAUCUCAUAAUGAAAAAAACAAAUUGUAAGAUAUUUAACCCCCCACCCCCUCCCUUUAUGAUCCCAGAAAUUGGUCGUUAGUAACUCCUAAACCACCGUGAGCAAUAUCUUUGUUAUCCCUCCACUGUAUGUAACCGUAGGUCGUGAAAUUGAUAAUUCUGUCUCCUUCAGUCUACUCUACCCUGCUCACAAAUAGUUUUCAGGCGUCAUUUUAUCUAGUUUUCUGUUAAAUCGUGAAAACGUUCUGUUAGAAACAAAUGAAACUUUGGAGAACAUUCGGAAACGCAAAAUGUUGUCAGAUUGACUUUAGUUGAGUCCACCCUAUUGGUUGAACUCUUCUCCCCGCUUCCCGAUGCAAAGAUUUAAUUAGUUCAGGAGGGAUCUCACCCGUAUUCUAAUCCAUGGAACCCGGUCCUAUCAUGUCUCGUUUUAUCUCAUGUUUUUUCAAUGCUGCGUUGUUCUCAUUUUCCAAAUAUGAGGACGAUCUGAAAAUCUUUGAUCUUUUUCUCAUUUUAUAUUUUAUAGAUGGAUUCUCUUCCCACACAAAUAUGAAUAGUGUUGCCAAAAUAACGUAUGUCCAUCCAUCCAGUUAGGCUCGUUCAUAGGUUUUUUCUCCGUAGGAAAAAUUCUGACUCCAUUUAUGUCAGUAGUUCAGCUCCAGGACUGCUGAAGAAAGUCGUUAUGCCUCAAAAGGAAUAUCAUACUCAUAAAGUACAAUCAAUAUAUAUUUUGACACGGACUAGACAUCUCAAAGAUCGAAUUAAAGUAUUGCCCUCGAUUUAAGGAUGGAAUUCAAGUUAUGUUACUACCUAUUGCAUCACCUGCAAUCCUUUUCUUUUUUUCUUUUUUUUCUUGUUUAUGAUUUCAUUUAUUUUUUUCAUGUGAGUGGUUUCAUUAAGAAGUAUAUUAAGAUCAUCGUAAUAGGUUUUUUCUUUUAGAUAAAAUGUUCGAUAUUUUCCUCAAAAUUCAGUCCUUUACAGCUUCACAAGCAUUUUAUGUCUCACAAGUUGUGGAAUGCCGAAGGCUCAAUGUGUACAUUUUUUCUAGUGCUCACAUUAAAUGUAGUUUUUCAAGAGCUCUAUACUACUUUCACCGCAUUAAUUAGUUUUGAGUACCAAUUGUUGGGCAGUUAAGUGCUCAUGAAAAAGUAAGUUCGAUAUGAUGACCGUUUAUUUUUACAAGUUAUCUAGAAAUUCAAUCUUAGAAAAAACACAAUGAAAAAUUCUGUUUAUUAUUUUGGCUGUAUCCAGACAUGUUUUCAUCAAAAUUCUCUAUUUCCAACAUGCAUUGCAUUUAUUUCUACUCCUGCUUUAUUCUUCCUUAUUGAAACAUCAAAAAACCCGAAGUGAAGGUCAUGGUGAACAAAGUUCUGCUCCUUUAAUUCAAUAGGUUUGGGUACCUCGAAAGUGAGACUCAUUGAAUGAACACUGGUAUUCAUCACGUUGCGUCAACAUACUUCAUCACUAUACCACUAUCAGGUCAUCAGCAAAACACAGGAUGACCAAAGUUUCAAAAUUACCCGAAGAAACACUCACUUCAGCCCUUUUUGUGUCUAUUCCUUUGGAAUCUACUAAAGAUAUAUGUAUUUCUAAUAAUGUUGAUGACAAACAACAUCCUACUUAUACGUCGCUCAAGAAAAAAUAAAAAUAAAACAAUAAAACGAUUGAAAAAAUAGAAAUAUUAAGGUAUGUUAUUUCACAUUUUUUUUCUUGACUCAAUGACUUGAAAAAUGUUUUACUUUUCAAACGCAUCUUUUCCGAUUAGAAGGCAUAAAAGAAAUAUAACUGUCAUGGCAAAAUAAGCGUUUGCUUCUAGUUUCUAGCCGUUGCUUUUAUGUAAUGCCAUUCUUGAGUAUCAGAAUUAGACAUUUAAAAUCAGACUGCCUCUUUAGUUGAUUUAAUUUUUUAAAGUUUCAUCUCUUUUGUGCUUCAAGCUAAACUUUUCUCCUUUUUAGAUUGCCAGUAUUUGUGAAAUUUAAAUCAUUUCCCCAAAAUAAUAAAAAACGGACCGUUAUGUUUCUGGAAUGAACUAUUAAAUGGGAGUUCCUAGUUGCAAAAUACAGUCCAAUUAUUUGGUUUUUUUAAAUAAUUUUUGAUUUCCAUUCAUUCUUCAUCUUAUAAUAAAACAUUUUUAUAGGUAGUUUUAUGAUUAUUCAUUAGAUAACCCUCUAUUACUACUUUGGCACCAAUGUAAGAGAUAGUUUAAAAUUUACCUCAAUUCCAUAGACAGUUGUUGAAUAAAAGAAGCCGUCAUUUUUCACCUCAAUUAUAACUUAAAGAUGAAAGUGGGAAUGUGGAACGAGAUAGGAGUAGAGCACAAGGGUUCCUCAUUCCGCACAGCUCAUCUAUUUGAUAGACAGAUAGAUCAACGGUCUUCUCUGCUUUUCAGAAUGCCAUAAAAAAAUUGUGAAAACGUAAGCUGUUUUUUUUUCGUUUGACGUGUGAUGUGACCUUCAUUCGGGUUUUGAACCAAAAAAUGAUUUUCCAAUUGCCAUUCGAGGAAUUUUCCGAAAGUAUCUAAAAAAAUUAGUCGAGGAUAGAAAUACAUGUGUGAUACUCAGUUUUUAUCUGGGUAUAUCAUUUUUAAAAUUACUCUUAACUGACAAGAGAAUAUCAUGUUAAGCUUGAAUUCAAACCAACCACUUGCUUGCAUGUUGGGAAAAUUUUAACAACAUAUAUGACACCGCGCCAUUAAUAAUGUCGAAUUUUUGUCCAAACGGAUGUUAAAUGAAUCGUUUGUCGGUGUGAAAUUUAUGUUUAAUUCUACCUAAUUUAAAAGUUGAUGUUUGUACCCGUACUGUGUCUUAUCCUAAUUGGAACUUCUAUUUCUAAUCCGACCAAAUUCCGUCCUAUUAUUUGAAACGGUAUUAUCUAGUUUAGAUCAGUUAAGCUAUGGGUUUUUACCCAGAAGUUCACAUUGUAAAAAUUUAGAUUUAAGAUUGUUAUCUUUACAGAUAACUACUUCGCAAACAUACUCUCAUAUUCAUACCAACAAAGAAACCGUACGUUCUGGACAAAGGUUUUUCUUUGACAUAGCUUUCUUAAGACACAUUCAAUUUUGUAAGCGUCAGAAAGAUUUUUUGUGAAUAAAAGAAAAAACUAGAGAAUGAAUAUCUUCGACAUUUGUUGCACACUUGGAUGCAUUGUGAGCUUGGACUGUGUCCUUGAAAUUAAUCAAUGUUUUACAUCGUCGUAAAAAAAAUGUGCAAAAGUACUUUAAAUACAUAAAUUUUCAAAAUUAUAUUACAGAUAUUGCGAAUCGGUAUGAAAUGUUUCGUUGACGGUGCUCUUAGCCUUAGUAUAGCUAAAGUUUUUGUUUUUGGCUCAUGACUUACGGAAAAGUUACCCACCUGCUGUCGCCGCGGGUCUGACUUACGAGCUUCUGUACAAGGAUAAGAGGAGUAACUAAAUUAAAUUUUGGUUGUAUACCUUGUUGAUUGAUUUUUGGGCGUGACAGGGAAAGUUACUGACAGUACUGAGAAAGGAGUCUCCGUUUUUUUAAACAUGUAUCAGCAGGUCUCCGGCAAUUUAUUCCGUGGUCGUAAAGUUUUCGAACCUGCAUUGAAGACAGGGACAAAUUAAUUCGUCCUUGUAUAAGUGCCCCAUUACGGCUCGUGUUCUAUUUUGUAUGAAAUUAGUAACAAAUUUAAUCACUCGACGCAAUGUGGGUAAAGUGUACUUAAAAUGCGCUACAAUAGAACUGUCAAUCAAAACCCCGAAUGCUUAUUGAUAUGAAUCAGGGAAUGCGCUUGAUAUGCGACGAUAGUAAAAUAUUCAUAAGACAUACCUUCCGCUCAAAAGAUAAUAUGAGGGUUUUAAUGUGGAAAAUGGAAGAACUGCAAUAAUGCCAAUUUCAUCACGACUUUGAGUCUAACUAAUGCUGAUAAAUCUGUGAUUUUAGAAUAUAAGAGCUUGAAAUAUACCUAUCAAGGCAAACAUUCACAUUUUCAAUUAUAUUGUGUAUUUUAUUUGAUAAACGUUUAUUUGAUAAAGUUUGAAACGUUGAACUAUAAUUUAUAUUUAUAGGAUAAAUUUGAAAUCUAUAAUGAAUUUAUUUUAAUGUCUUUGUUGUAAAGUUGGCUUUCAAUGUAUUUGUAGAAUAAAAUUUCAAGAUGUUUAAAAAUUA